GGCCCAGCGCCGAGCCCUGCCUCCAGUGCCGCUGCCGCCGCGGGCCGCGCUGGAGCUGGAGAGCCGGAAUCCGCACCGCCUGGCUGCGAUACACAUCUCUGCCGACCACCAGAAUGGGCGUGAAGUCUGUGACGGUGCUGCAGCGGGCAGCGCGGGCCUUGGGGCGCAUCGUGGGCGCGACGGCUGCGCUGCUGGUGGGGAGGCGUGGCCCCGACUCCCUGCAGGGACAAGUCGCGCUGGUGACCGGCGCAGGCAGCAGCCUGGGUAGGGAGCUGGCGGCGUACCUGGCGCUCUGCGGCUGCCAUCUCAUCUGCGUAGACGAUGACAUCGACGCCGCCGCAGUCACCGCUGACGUCAUCAAUGCUAAGGUUGGUGCGGGCGCGGCGGAGGCGCUCGCGUGCGACCUCGAGGACCGGCAGCAGGUGCUGCAGCUGUCGCGGGCCGUCCUCGCGCGCCACCACGCCGUCCACGUGCUCGUGCUGGCUGCCCCUCCGCGGCGCGGCGCGGACGCCUACGACCAGCUCGCCGCGCAGUUCUGGAUGGCCCUGGGUUUGGUGCCCGCCAUGGCGGCGAGGGGCGGCGGCCGCGUGCUGGCCGUCUGCAGAGAGGACUGCCCUGGGGACGCGCCGUCCGCGCACAGCGUCGCCACCAACGGUUUGGUGGAAGCGCUGUCUGAACAGCUGAAGGGCACGGGAGUGAGUUUGACCUGCGCCUAUCAGUACCACUUCUCCAACAGCAGACUGCCUCUCUCAAUUCCCGAGCUGAGUGACGAACAGGUUGCGUCAGAGAUGGUGGCAGCACUGCGCCGCCGCCAGAACCGCGUGGUUCUCCCCGCGAAGCCUCUCUUCUGGAACAGUGUCCUGCGGUCGCUGCACCUUGUCGCCGACACGAGCCUGCACGUCGCCCUCUGCCUGGAUACGCCUGCACCUGUGACACCUGCAGCUCCUGCUGGUAACGCGGCGAAAUCCUGACGUCGGAGGAACAGCCAACUUGCCUUCGCUGGGUCUUUACCCGACAGCUACGUUGAGCUGCUUACAGGAAUCGGACAAUCGGAAUCAGCGCCUCUCGCUGCGCUGAAAAGAACUGAAGCAUGUUCACAGCCGCAGUGUUGGACGUCCCGUACACAGAUUCUGUUGUAGACUUUGAUGGCUCCAGUCUUCAGUAAAUUCUACGCAUGUAAUUUA